ACAUAUUCUAUUUAGUUGUUUCCAUAUACAAAAUAAUAGGAAACCAUAUAAAGUAUAAGCUUACAACCCUGCAAGACUCAACCCAGAAUCCUACCCUUCCCUCCCUUACAUUUAAUCAAUUUCGCACAUGCUUUAGGAUUUACUAUCCAAUCUGAUAGAGGAAACAAAUCUACUCCUAGUCUUCUUGUUAUUCAGUGGUAUUGUUAGGUUCUCUUUGUUUUUUUUUAUGAUGAUUUAAAACCAUGAUUUAAAAGAGUUUAAUCUAUUUUUGUGCUAAGUGUGCAGGAAAAUUAAUCCAAGGUUUCUAAUCUUUCCCCACGAUUAGAAUUAACUCAUGAUUCUCCUUGUUCAGAGUUCUGGGUUCGAACCAAUUUAUUUUGGUUCGAAUCAAUCCCGAACUUUUGUUUUCUGAAAAUGGUUCGAACCAUUAUUUCUGGGUUCGAAGCAAAAAAUUUUGGAAGGAUCUGGACUAUAGUGAAGAAGGACGAACUGCUUCAGAGAACUGAGUUUGAAAUUGUUCUGGUUUUCCUUCUUCUUUUCUUCUUGUGAGGCUUUUGGGUAUAUUGUCUUACAAGGGUUUUGUAUUCUUCUUGGAUUGGGUUAAUCCUUGAAGGGGUUGAGUGAGUUGAGAUUCACUUGUGAGGGUUUAAUCUUGCACCCGCAAGCAAGAGUUUGUUCCGGUUUAAUCUUGCACCCGUAAGCAAGAGAUUUCUAGUGGAUUGAACUCUCGAGCAAGGAGACUUGGGGAGUGGACAUAACUGUUGGGAUUCGCCCUUGAUAUCCAAAGCUUCAACCUGAUGCUUGGCCUCCUCAAUUCUGUUGUCUAGAUUGUGAAAUUUUUCCUUACUCCAAUUUUUCAAAAAAGCCUUCAUCAUCUUUAAUUUUUUUUGUAAUUUGAAGCCUCCCCACCCCUCCACUUGGAAGGAUUUCCAUAGUUCAGCAAGUAAUUUUUGGAAUCCGGAAACCUUCAUCCAUGCAUCGAAGAAGCGAAAAGGUUUUGGUCCCAAUCAAUACUCUCCGUGUUC